AUGCCGUUCAGUGGCCCGGCCUCCGACCUGACUAUAGACCUGGGCCCUGGCUCUUAUGACGACACGACCGCGCUGACGCGCCACCACGGCCGGGUUCUGCUGACGCUGACAAAGCCAAUGGCCGUGCAUUCGGUGCAGCUCUUGCUCCUUGGCGAGGAGACAGUCAAUUUGCGCGCCUGGAUCCCGCUUAGCACCAACACGGCGUCGACGCCCAUAGUGGACAUACAAAGGGACCUGUACAGCGGCGGGACACUAGAGCCCGGCAUGCACGUCUUCCCGUUCACACUGGUUCUGCCAGGCACGUUGCCGACGACGUUGGAGCGCGAGCUGUGCACAAUAAAGUACCGUGUGCGUGCGGAAGUAGCCAAGGCGGCGUUUUUCUCAUCGCCCAGCAUUGCCCUGGCCAAGGAGGAGGAGGUCCUGGUGGUGCAUAGGCGCAGGGCCAAGCGCCUGGCGAAGACAAAGUCGCUGGACCAGUCGUUCGCGGGGUCCAUCAGCAAGGACGUGGUCAGGCCGGGCAGCAAGUCGCAGUUUGGCCUGCGGCUGCUGGCGGUCAACUUUGCCGAGGCCGUGCAGUGCCACGUUCAGGUGCGCGGCGAGGAGCGGCUGACUACACAGAUCACAAACCUGGUUGGCUCCCGGCUGGAUGCGCUCGAGGGCGACCCGGUGAUUGCAGCGGGGGCCGAGAACGACGACAUGCGGACGGUCAGGAAAACCCGGUCGCGGCUCACGGAUCUGCUGAAAGCCAGCACGCCGCCGCCCACGCCGCCGCAGAUGCCCGGCAGCGUGGCCAAUGGCAGCACCACCGGCCUGGCUCUUGGCGGGCGCGGGUCGGCGGGCACGCCCCGGGUGGUGCGGCAAAUAAGGGCUACCCACACGCUCGAGGUCCCGCAGGGCCUGAGCCAGUUCGACGCCGAGUACAUUUCGCGCGAGUACCGGCUGAUGCUGGUCGCCGAGGUAGCGCCGAUGGAGGACACGCCCGAGAACGCCGACUCGGUGCACAUCAACGAGGCCCGGCUGGACAUUUCGCCACGCAGCACCUUUGACAGCACGCGCAAGUCGUCCUCAUCCAUGGACCACCGAUCGACGAUUGUCGACACAUUCAGCGUAGUCGAUGCGUCGAAAAGCACCGCCGACAUCAUUGUCGGCCAGUACAGAAUGCUGGGCUCCGACGACCCGGCCAAUGCCACGCUGGGCAGCACAUUGCACCAGCAGAUGUCGCUGCCGCCGCCUCAGCACGUGCAUCACCGGCGCACGAGCUCGGGGCUGGUGGGCUUUCUGAAGCGGGGAUUCCGCAGCUCGUCGCCGCGGCCCGAGAGCGAGCCGUCGGGCAGCUCAAGGUCGGUCACGCCGGUCAAUGGCGAUGCUUCGUAUUCCGAGCAUAUACAGCAGCUCCCCGGCAUUCGGGCCGCGGUGGCCGCCACCCGGUCAAUGCGGUCCAGCAGUGCGCCACACCACCCUCCACCCAGCGCCAUAUUCGGCCAGCCGAAUGGCAGUAGCAAGGAGUGA